AUCCGCUCCCUGUGCCCGCCGGAGCAGCUCCGGGUAUCCCGCUCUCUGUGCCCGCCGGAGCAGCUCCGGGUAUCCCGCUCUCCGUGCCCGCCGGAGCGGCUGCGGGUAUCCCGCUCUCCGUGCCCGCCGGAGCGGCUGCGGGUAUCCCGCUCCCUGUGCCCGCCGGAGCAGCUCCGGGUAUCCCGCUCUCCGUGCCCGCCGGAGCGGCUCCGGGUAUCCCGCUCUCUGUGCCCGCCGGAGCAGCUCCGGGUAUCCCGCUCUCUGUGCCCGACGGAGCAGCCCUUCUCCGGGCUUCGGAGGCCGUGAGCCCGUCUGUGCAAGGUAAAAUAUCCAGAGAGCAUGGCUCACCUGGGUGAACGUAAAUGGACUCACGUGUUCCCUUUCCUGGUGGUCUCCCUGGUGUACUCUGCCAGUGCCGAGUACUCCAACUGCGGUGAGAAUGAGUACUACAACCAGACCACCGGCAUGUGCCAUGACUGCCCCAAGUGCGAGCCGGGUGAAGAGCCUUACAUGACAUGUGGAUAUGGCACCAAAGAUGAGGACUAUGGCUGCAUCCCCUGCCCUUCAGAGAAGUUCUCCAAAGGAGGUUACCAGAUAUGCAGACGGCACAAGGACUGCGAGGGGUUUUUUCGAGCCACAGUCAUGACGCCUGGUGAUCAGGAGAAUGACGCAGAGUGUGGUCCUUGUCUCCCAGGUUACUACAUGCUGGAAAACAGACCUCGGAACAUCUAUGGGAUGGUUUGCUACUCGUGCUUGCUGGCGCCUCCCAACACCAAGGAAUGUGCAGGCGCUAACUCUGGCAUUUCAGCCAUUUUCCCAAGUACCUCUGGCACAAGCACUUUCUCGCCUUACCAGCAUGCUCACAAAGCAGAUCUUUCAGGACAAGGACAUCUGGCUACAGCUCUUAUAAUUGCCAUGUCUACCAUCUUCAUAAUGGCUAUCGCCAUUGUCCUCAUCAUCAUGUUUUACAUUGUAAAAACAAAACCUUCUGCUCAAGCCUGUUGCAAGAGCCACUCAGUAAAAAAUGUCGAAGCUCAGGCUAACACACAAGAAGAGAAGAAAGAAGUACAAGAUAAUGUUGUGAUAUUCUCUGAGAAAGAAGAGUUUGAAAAACUUACAGCUACUCCAGCUAAGGCUGCCAAAAGUGAAAAUGAUGCAUCUUCUGAGAAUGAACGACUUUUAAGCCGGAGUAUGGAUAGUGAUGAAGAAGCUGCAGUUGACAAGCAAGGGACUCCAGAGAGAUGCUUGUUAUCUUUAGUGCAUUUGGCCAGAGAUAAAUCUUCUACAAGCAAUAAAUCAACUGGGAUUCAAAGUCGAAGGAAAAAGAUACUUGACGUGUACGCUAACGUAUGUGACGUUGCAGAAGGUCUGAGCCCUACGGAGCUGCCAUUUGACUGCCUGGAGAAGACCAGCCGAAUGCUCAGCUCGACCUACAACACAGAGAAAGCCAUCGUGAAAACGUGGCGCCACCUGGCCGAGAGCUUUGGGCUGAAGAGGGAUGAGAUUGGCGGGAUGACAGAUGGCAUGCAGCUGUUUGACCGCAUCAGCACAGCAGGCUACAGCAUCCCAGAACUGCUCACCAAACUGGUGCAAAUCGAGCGAUUGGAUGCUGUUGAAUCCUUGUGUGCAGACAUUCUGGAGUGGGCACAAGCAAUGCCGGCUCCUGACCCAGCAGGAACAUCCUGACAUGCCUGUCUGGGCCCUGCACUUCCACAUCAGCCCAAAGAAGUGUGAUUCCAGUAAGCACUGCAUCAAAGACUUUGGACUAAAGACCGUGGAUGCUUCUUCUACCUAAUUGUUCACGAUAACGAAGGGGAAGCUCUUCUCUUUGACUUCUGAAAGUGAAGUUACGCAUCUACCAAAACAAGAGCAGAAAUCUCCCAAGAAGCUUGGCAUGAAACAUAUCAUUAAACAAAAUGCUCAUGUUAAACAGUUACUGAUAGUAAGUGGACACACAAAUAUCCCUUUUGUGAUCUGUGCAUGAGUAGAAGGGCAAAUAACCCUGCUGGUAUUGACCUUCCUGCCUGGCCUUCAGGAAAGGAAUUGAAUAGCUCUCUGAAAAUAUUCCUGUCUCUUAGGGCUUCAUUCAGUGGUUCAAUGGUGUUGAUGCAUUGUGGUGGCCACCUAAACCAGAGACUAGACAAGAAUAAGAGAAUAAUAGUAGGUAUUUAUUUGAAGGGCCUUCCAAUGGUACACCC